AUGGCCGACUCAGCCGGAGACGAUAUUGAUUCGCGAACUGCAUCUGUCGGUAUUCAACGAACUCGUUCAAACCAUUUAUCUGCCAAUGGUUCUAUUGACAACCAAUCCAACCUUCCCCCAAGAAAGAGACAGCGACCGAACAAACGGGAACGGGCCAGGCGCAACAACUUUGAUUUGACCAGCGAUUUUGUACCUCGCGGUGCAACCUUCAGUGGUCAACUUGAGGUUGACCCGGUAGAAACGGGUUUGGACGUCGACAACGACGCCGAUAAUACCCCGCAAAAUGCCAACCCCAAUGCUGGAAGUACCGCGCCCGCCAUCAACUGGAACAAAGCUAGCAAAAAGGCCGUGCGCACUACACUUGGAAAGCGAAGCGCAUCGUCAACUUCUUCAGCGCAACCUACCCCACAAUCCCAAUCUACCUCACAGGCUCGGACCUCCAAGGACAGCAAGUCAAAAAAAUUCAAAGCUGUGAAUGAUGCAUACUGGCGCGUUUCCAACGACAGCGAGAACGAAAAGGAUUCUGCGGGCACUGAGAGUGACUCCGAUGGGGCGAUAUCUUUAGAUUCGGAAAACGACGAUUCAAUUCUACUGAAUAUUGGCACCGAGCCACAAGCUCAAAAAGUUGUCAACAAUCCGGAGGCGUCCGUUACAAUUGCAAUGGAUCAAGACACAGAGGACGAUAUUAAAAUCUUUUCAUCAUUAGACUCCACCGAGUCCAAUAUGCCCAAGUCUACUCAAAAUUCACCUCCGCAGGUUCCUUUUUCUUCGAAAUACUCGACACCGCCUACUAUUUUGAGGGAUUUGGACGAUGAGGAUUACAGUGAUCAGGUCAAGUUCAUGUACUGGGAUCGGGACCCGAAGAAUUGCUAUGGCGAUCUUCCAGUUGGUUGCAAAUGUACUCAUUGUCAAGCAUGGGGUGAACACGAGAGUCUUUUCUGCCCUCUCUGGCGACGAUGUGAUCGGUGCCGAGAGAGGGGCCAUAAUCAUGAAGAAUGCAAAUCUUCAUUACAAAGCAUAGAAGGGGAAGUCCCCUGUGACAUUUGUGGUUGUCCUUGGCACGUGGAGACACGAUGUGAUCAUUAUCUUAUGGGCUUUUCACAAACCCUAGCGAAGGAGGAUCAUUUCAAGAUCGCUCUUCAAUGUGCUAGGUGUUACAGUUUCAAACACAUAUUGGGCGACUGCCCGUACCUUACUGACAAAGAGCGUUAUGAGGCACCUCUUCCCAGCCUUCGAGGUGUAGAUCCUGCCAGAAUCGAAAACCUUAUUUCUAAUGGAGAUAGUCGCCGUGACCCCCGUCUGCCCCAUUACCUUUCCAGCGGCACUUACUGCCCUACUGGUGGAAGGGUGGUAGAUCCUACUAAUGGAAAGGGUGGCAUCGUUCACGGAGCACGUGGUGACAGCGGUUUCGGUGGCGAUGGAAAUAGCUCUGGUCCUUCGCGAAAAAAGAAACCAUCAUUCCAUGGUCGAGGUGGCGCUAAAAACGUCAGCCAGCAGAUUUUGACUCCUGUGCCACAAGGACCAGCCUCCACUCGUUCAACUUCUACUGUUCCAAUUGUUUCGAAGCCUCGGGCAAAUGGAGCAGGAGCAGGAGCAUGGAGAGGAGGAAAAGGAGAAACAGGAGCGGGAGGAGGUCGUGGUCGCAUCUCUGGCCGGGGUUCAAGCCGCGGAGGCCGUGGUGCUCGAGGUGGUCGCGGCCGUGGUCGUGGUGGCCGUGGUGGCCGUGGUGGCUAA